AGUGCCUCAUUAUGCAUGCUUUCACUGUGUGCCAGUAUAAUCAAUAUUAUAGACGCCGGUAUUAUUAUGGCCUCAUUAGGUACGAAUUACUGGAUGAACCUGUGGAGGCUUUUAACUGGUUGCAGCAGGCCUUCACACUGCAUCCACACGAGCCCUUUGUGUUGGAGCAUUUGGGCGCUCUGGUCAAUAAACUUGGGGAUAAGGGCGCGGCCUUGUGGUACUAGUCGUACCGCAUCUACCCGGCUAACUUCAGUGUCCUCAACUGGCUUGGACGCUUUUUUGUCACCAGUCAGUUUCCGGAGAAGGCCAUUAAAUUUUUUGAAUUAGCGGAAAAAUUAGACUCCAGCGUUCCAAAGUGGUCACUACUGGUUGCCGGUGCCAUGCGUCGUGCCGGUCACCUGACGGAUGCACACAACAAAUAUGUGGAAAUACAUGAAGCAUUUGCCGAUGAUAUGGAUUGUCUAAAGAUUUUGAUCAGGAUCUGUCAAGGGACACAUGCGCCGUCCAGUGAAAUAUCAGAAAGAGUUGGAUCUUUUGCGGCGAACGCGUCCCGCGGAAGUGGCGUCCUCCAUUCGCGCGCAGACCGCGAUGAGAGGGGCGGCGUUGACAGACACUGUCGGCAUCAUCUCCGAGCGUCUGUCCACAGCUCGUAAAUCGCCACUGCCGCAGUCGCCAGCAGCCACUCCCGCCGGCAGUGCCAUCUCACUGGGGCGUGUCGGCAGUGUCACAGCUGGUCUCGCGUUGGACGCCGAUGAUCGUGAGCAGUUCAUCCGACUAGGAACUGCCCAGCGACUGCCGUCUCGAGCCGGGCCGCCCGUAGCCACUGACGAGACUGUCUUAAGCGUGGAUGACAUUCUCCCUGGACUCAAACGAUAGCACCGGAAGUAAAUUUCCUCCGUGAUUUUAUGUUAAUUGCGUUUAGUUUCAUCAUUUGCUGUUGUGUUAAAGGUUGAGUACUUUCUCGCUAUAAAAUUAAUAGAAUAUCUUCAUAAGGGUGUGAGCACUGUGCAGAUAUUGCCAGGUUAUUUUUUAUGUUUCUCUAGGGUGGGCCAGUCCGACUAUCAUAAAAAUUGUUAAAGAGACUUUCAAUAAUUCAGCAGCAGUCUAGUUUGAUUGCUGUUUUCCAUUUACUUACCUGUAUAUUUAGCUUACACAGCACACUCUGAAGAAAGUAAAAAUGAAUACAAAGUUUGCUGUACCAAA